GAGGCUGCGCUCGCGACUCGCGAGCGCGCCGCCGCCGAGCGCACUCAGCUGAUGCUGCGGCGCUUCGAGGAGUACGAGGCUGAGUACGCGCAGCGCGCCGCCGCGGAGGCAGCUGCGCGUGCGCAGUGCGGGCCCACGACGUUUUUCCGCCCCGCCGAGCCGCAGGUGCUGCUCGUCGUGCGGCUGAAGGGCGUCAACAAGCUCUGCCCGCGCGUGCGCAAAGUGUUCCAGCUGUUCCGCCUGCUGCAGCUGCACAACGCCGUCUUUCUGAAGGUGAACACAGCUACGCGGCAGAUGCUGAAGUUCAUCGAGCCGUUCGUCGCGUUCGGCGCGCCGAAUCUCGCGACGGUCCGCGCGCUGGUCUACAAGCGCGGCUAUCUGCGGCUGGGCCCGGCCGGCGCGUACAGCCGCGUGGCGAUCUGCGACAACGCGCAGAUCGAAGAGCGGCUAGGCCGCUUCGACGUGCGCGGCGUGGAAGACAUCGUGCACACGCUGUACACGUGCGGGCCGCACUUCAAGGAAGUGAACAAAGCGUUGUGGACGUUCAAGCUGCACGCGCCGCGCGGCGGCUUUGCGUGCAAGCGCCACGGCUUCGCGGAGUUCCGCAAGGGCACGUGGGGCGACCACGAGGACUUGAUCAAUGUGCUGGUGCAGCGCAUGCUGUAG